AUGUACCCUCGUUGGGUUGGAUAUCGGUGGGUAACGGAAAAUGGGGGAAGGCGGGAAUGCAAAAAUUGGAACGGCAUCAAUUAUUAUAUAUCUAAAGAAGGAAAUGUGUGUCAAUACCCGUUUUACGAGCACCGUGCUGUACGACUUCUACACGUGCGACGGAUCGCGUACGCGCGUUUACAUUAUUAUUAUUAUUUUCGCGAUGAACGACUCGGCAUUUGUUGUUAUUGCUGUUGUUUGUACCCCGCUCGUGAACCGUGUGUGUUUGCGUAUGUCCUCGAUCUUCUGCUUGUACGAUGCACUUCCAAAGGUUUUUUCUUCCAACCCUCUCGUUGUGUGUGUGUGUGUGUGUGGUCUGGAGAAGAGAAACACUGUAAAAAGGGAAAAACAAAAUCCAAGAGGCUUUUCUCAUUUUCCAUGUUUUAUUUUUUUCGCUGUACAUUGUACCCAGCCUCCACUUCUUUUUUCUUCAUGUUUUUCGGUUUGUUUCGUCUGUCGCUGCUGUUGCUUCGCUCUUCCAGCUCUCCUCCUUCGUCGAUUGUAUUUUUCUUUGAAGCGUUAAAGUGGCUGCGGGUCAUCUCAUUUCUUUCUCUCUCUCUCUCCCUCUAUCUCUCUCUUCAUUUCCUUUUCCUGUUAUUGGAGACGCGUGCGGGCUCUCGUUGA